UUUGGACAUCUAAUUUAAUUUUAUGAGUUUUAGAAAAUAUUUACUCCCGUAGUAUUUUUCUAGAACUGUCUGGGGUGAGCGCGGUUCACCCGGUGUAUGUAUAUCUUUAUUGCUUGUGUAGAUGUAUGAUAUGCAUGGUGGAUGAUUGUGGCUAUAGUUUAUUUGAUUAUAAUACGGCCUGCGUGUCGUGCCUUAUCUCAUAAAGUCUUGUUGUAAAUCUAUUUCUCUCCCUUACCUCAACCGAGGAUUCUUUUCUUACGUGGUGGUUAAAAGACGAAAAGAUUUGAAGACUGUUUGAAGAAAUCUAAAAGAAUGGAGAUAGCCCGAAGUCCAAGUGACCGGAAGCCAGUGGGAGCUAUCGUUUUAUUUUUCUUUUAGGGGCCACAAUCAUUACACGUUUAUUUACUGCGUUUUGUGAAUGCAUGUUGAAUGUAUGUUGAACGCUAGUAAUUGACAUGUGCGCGGCGAUGUCGAUAGGUGAGAUCGUAAUUAUAAAUCCCUUACGAAUAUUAAGUCUGUCGCCUUCUGACGCCCGGCACCUAUCCGGUUAAUGUGCACUGUCAUGUACUCAGCCUCAGCAGAGCAUAGUACGGUGUAUAUUAAGCUGGUUACGGGAACCGCCAUAGCGUGGUCGCUGUCGCACGUUGGGUUAGACUUAACUGAGUCUCGGUCAAAUGGAUGGACGACUCAGAGGCAGUAAGUUGGGGUCAUCAAUGACAAGUCGGAUGAUUUUACUCACUCAUCCAGCCAGGAGUUGGAUCUUUAUGAUUUAAUUGGAACUCUAUUCCUAACCAAAGUAGUCUGCUUUGAGAGAAAAUUAUUUUAAGUCUUCCAUUAAUAUCAUUUUGUGUAUAGAUAAUAUCUAUAAUAUUUUCUAAAUAUUAUUAGAAAUAUUUUCUAUAGAAAUAUACAAGAUUAUUAUUAUCCCAAAUUUUAAUCUUUAUAUUUUAUACUACUAUAAUCUUUACUAGCAUAAAGAUUGUGGUAGACUCCGGUGUUGUUCGUGUGUCAAAGUUGGAGACCGGACGCUUGAACGGUUACGUUUGCACUUUCAACGCUCUUCCUACGACCUCUUCGUUUUUACCGCUUACGGAGAAAGAAUCACCACUCCUCCUCCCCUCAUUUUUUUCAUCACCAUGUCAAACCAAUCCCAAACCCUCACCAAUGAAGAGCUUCAAGCCUCCAACGCUGCACUAAAAGCUCAAGUUGAGUACUUAGCAAAACAAGUGGCUCAACUCACCAAAAUGAAGCUGAAGAUGAUGGACACCCCCGAAGAAAGUGAUGAAGAACAGGAGCUGGAAACACACCCUAAGGAAGAUUCCAACACCAACACUGGAGGCAGCGUUCAUGAGAAAGGAGCCACAGACUUCAAGGUCGACCUUCCGACCUUUGAAGACAAGAACGACCCCGAUGAGUUUCUAGAAUGGCUCGAGACAAUUGAGCGUGUCUUUGAUUUCAAAGACGUGCCUGAAGACAAGAAAGUGAAGCUUGUUGCCCUUAAGCUUCGAAAAUAUGCAUCAACGUGGUGGACCAACACCUCCACCAAAAGAAGGCAUGAAGGGAAGGCUCCCGUAAAGACGUGGCUAAAGAUGCGUGCCUUGAUGAAGAAGAAGUUCUUACCCAAACAAUAUGUGAGGGAUAACUUCGCCCGGUUACAACAACUAAGGCAAGGCACCCGGACAGUGGAGGACUAUACCCGGGAGUUUGAAGAGCUUUUGAUGAGGUGUGACCUCCAAGAAUAUGACUCUCAAACGUUGGUCCGUUAUUUUUUUGGGCUUAACACCCAAAUUGCCAACGUGGUGGAGUUACAAACCUACGACACCUUUGAGGAACUUUCCAAACUAGCUCUUAAGGAGAAUGGGUUAAUGGGGAAAAUGGGCUGGCUAUUUUGGAGAAUCAUGCCACCUAGCGAUGGGAAGAUCUUCCCAUCGAUGGGUAAGCAGUCCCUCAACGAAACUGAUUUCCAGAACCAUGCCAAACAGCGAUGGGAAGUUCUACCCAUCGCUGUUAAAGCCUUGGUGCAACAUUACCACAAGGCAGAAUGCCCUUACCCAGCGAUGGGAAGCUUUACCCAUCGAUGGGAACCCAGCGAUGGGAAGGCUUAACCAUCGAUGGUUAGGCAUGACCGUUGCGAGUCAUUUAAGGCUGAUUCUUUCGUUAUUUGAAAGUCAACCUCCCACCCAGCGAUGGGAAGCAUCUACCCAUCGAUGGGUAGGUAACCGUUGGCUUCAAAACUGAAGGAAAAUUGGCUUACCAGCGAUGGGUAAGUUCCAAACAUCGAUGGGAAGCCAAAUUUAUUCAAUCCCAUAAAUCAAGCCAAUCACCCCUUUAAUGUAUUGGUCCGUUGGAGCCUAUUUUGGCACUAUAAAAAGGGGUGUUUGGG